AUGCCUGACACUUGCCUGCAGAUUGGCCCGAACAAAGCAGAUGAUCGUAUGCCCUCGUCAACCCCCAAAGAGAGUCCACCACCGUCGCCAUAUCCCGGACGUCGGACUGCUCUAUCGGCCAAGGUCGAAUCCGAUCUGCGUCUAGCCUGUGCCGGAGUCCUGGUCAACACCAAGCCUUCACAUCAAUAUGCCCCACCCGAGGCUCUGGCUGCCGCUCUGAGAGAAGAACCCAAGCAAGCACUCGACUACGACGCCAUCAGGAGAUCUGCCUCGACCCGCAAGUCACUAGACUCUCGACCUUUCCCUCCCCGUACCGACUCGGCCGACGACAAGAACCCUCUCAGAUAUGCAUACCGUCCAGAUGCUCCCAUCGAUCAGCUCUUCAACAAGUCGGAUCCCACUGUUGACCCUGUCCAGUCCAUCCUCGGCAAGGCCAAGCAUGACAUGCCAACGGGUAGCCGUGCAAAGACUCCGGUACCCAACAGUGUUCUCUCUCCCGUCAGUGACGCCGCUACACGUCCCCGUGUCGCCAAGCGCUCCAUCUCUGGCGAGACCGGUGGCUCCACGCCCAUCACAGAUACAGCAGAGUACCAUUGGAGUACCUCUACAGCCCCUACCUCGGCCGCCAUCACACCUGCACGUACCUCAAAGCGAGAUUCUUCCCACAUAAUGCCUGUCGAGACGGAGCACGCCAUCAAGAACGAUGCUACCGCCAUUGAGUGGAUGCGCAAAGAACUUGAACGUCGCCGUCAGAAACAAGCUGCCGAAGAAGAACAAGCACAAGCCGCAAUGCAGCCAUUGUCUCGCGCUCCUAGCAGGGCACGAAGCAUUCGAAGCCUUCGCGACAACAUCAAAGAAUACAUCCGUCCAUCCAGCUCCAACGGGAACAACAGCCGACCACCUAGCAGGUCUGCUUCGCGCGCAUCACAACGUUCGGAGUCAAAGUCACAAGAUCCAGAGAUACGCGGUGGCUGGAGAAGCUGGGGGCGAACUCUGAAGAAGGAGCACGCCCAAACCGAUGUCAGCAGAUCGAACUCGAGAAGAGGAAGAACAGGCGGUAGCCCUAGUCUCCCGAACUCGAAAAAGUCCGAGAUCAACCUGAACCGCGAGCUGCCUCCGCUUCCCAGUCUCGACCAGUGGAAGGAUGAUGCGGUUGCACCUCCGACACGACAUGCACCUCAAGCGCCCGUACCUACACAUCGUCCUGCCCAGAAAUCGGUCGACAGUGUGAUGUCCGAAAAGGAUGAAAUCAUUGCAAUUCGCCUCGGUUCGCCAGUCAAGGAUAAGCCAGAAGUGUACAUGCCUACUCGAUCUCCGCGUUACGCUGCAGCUACCAAGAUGCCACACCUUGGAUCCGCUCACACCAGCGAUAACCUUCUCCCACGCAGCACGUCUGCACUUCGAGAGCGGACUCCAGAGCCUACAUUAUCAACCGUGCGAGCAAUCUCUUCCCAACAAGAAGCCAAAUACAUGAGUUCGCGUACGCGAUCACCAAGCAAUCCGGCAUAUUCUGUGUCCCCUGGAUUCUCCGAGCACCGCAACUACGACAGCUCGAGUAUACCCACCCCACUGGGUAGCAUCAGCAGCACUUCCACCAGGAACAAAUCAAAAUCACGAGACAAGGCACCCAGUAAGCAAGAGAAAUCUCGCCAGCUGAAGGGUGUACAAGUUCGAUCUCCACCACCAGUGCCACCAAAGGAAGUCGUCGACAAAAAGGCAUGGUGGAACCUCAAAGCAAAGAACAAGAAACCUCCAACCUGGAUGGAUCAGCUGGAGAAGAUGGGUGGAGUCAAAGACGGCAUCCUCAUACCCGACGACGGCUGUGACUUUCCACACAUUCGUUACUGA